AACGGUCACACUGCCGAGUUCACUGUCAUACGUGCGUGUGUGUGUGCGUGCGUGUAUGAAUUCUGAGGCAACCCGAAAAUAAAUAAAUAAAUGCCCAUUACAACCCAAACGACGGUGUGUGCAGCCCAAUGAUGCACUUGAAUGGUGAGCCAACGAGCUUAUAUAGGGAAGUGAACGCCACAUAAAGCAGCCACCGGCAGCAGGAAUAUUAAAAACAAGAGCAGCAGCAGCAGCGAUCGUUCGCUCGCACACACACACACACACACACACACAUAGCCGCCCUCCCUCAACACACACACACACAAACAAAAACACAGAGGCGAAGGUAAUCCGAACGAACGACGGCCCCACAUAACGGUACCACACAGUGGCAGACAGAGAGAGCGAGAGAGAGAGCAGGCAGAGACAGGAAAUAGCGAAUAAUUGAAUAUUCCAGCGACGUACAGCAGCGGUCGCAAGAAUAGGAAUUGCCAGAGGUAUGGCAACGGGCGGCAGCGGGGCCGGCAGUGGUUCCGGGGGAGCCGGAAAUGACCACUAUAAGCGGAACACCUUCACCAGCUAUGUGGCACCGCUGCCCGGCGAUAUGCGAGCCACCGCCGAUACCAAUGAAUGGUGCCUGCCCAGCGAUCUGCGCGAUGUCCAUUUGGCCCGUCCUCGCCUGUUGCCGGGUGAGCAGAUAGUGGCCUCGGCACCGGCCUACAUGUACUCGCCCAUUGAGCCCAUGGAUAGCAGCAUCAACAUCAGUCACAACAACAGCAAUGGCAACGGUAUGGCCUCCGUGAACGAUGGUGGCUCCCACAAGGAGGCCACCUUUGGCCUGCUGAGCGUGACCAACUUUAAGCUGGCCUUUGUCCCGCUCCAUGCCACCAGCAAGCGUAAUCCCGAAGCGGGUGUUGUAACUGCCCCACUUUGUGAUCUGUAUCAGGAGAACACCUAUCUGGGACGCAACGAGAUCACGCUGAACAACAUCGAUCAGAUCUAUACCAUUGCCGAGCUGGGACGGGCGGCCAGUGCGCUGCAGGCGGCGCGCAUGGCCAGCCAUGUUAGUCGGCGCAAAAAGCUGGAGCCCUUCAAGCAGCACAACAUCAGCGGCAGGAUAGCCGCCUUGCAUAUUGUGUGCAAGAAUUUCCGGCUCCUAAAGUUCGCCUUCCAGCAGCAGGACUCGAAGCUGAGCGGAGCCAGUGAUCAUGGCAAGCUAAUAGCCUCCGCCCUCGUCCGUUUCGCCUAUCCCAUGCGGCAUGAUCUGAGCUUUGCCUAUGCCUACCGUGAACCGUACUAUUCCACCCUGGGUCCUGCCACCGGGACCAGCAUGUAUGCCAGCAAGAAUGACUGGGCCCGGGAGCUGAUACGUUGCGGUGCCACCGAAUGGCAGGUGGUGAGCAGUGCCAGUGUCCCCUUGCUCCAGAAUCCCCUGCAUGCGGGAAAGUAUACGGUGCCGCCGCAUUUUGUUAUCCCGAAGAGCUGCACGGUGGAUCGAUUCCUGGACUUAUCGCGUGCCUUUUGCGAUUCACGAGCUGCCUUUUGGGUGUAUAGCUAUGGGGCUAGUGCCGCCUCCCUGGUGCGUUUGGCCGAACUGCAGCCGGCGGCGCAGCAGGAUACGAAGCUGGAGAAUGUGAUGCUGGAGCUGGUGCGAAAAUGCGAUGAGCGGCGACAGCUGAAGCUGCUGCAGCUAACGGAUCGACUGCCAAGCAUCCAGGAUGUGCGGCGUUCCUACCAGAAGCUGAGGCGUCUCUGCACACCCGAAACGCCCGAGAAGUUCAUGCUGCAGGAUGACAAGUACCUGGGCUUGAUCGAGAAGACCAACUGGCUGUUCUAUGUGUCACUGUGCCUGCGGUAUUCAAGCGAAGCGGCCGCCACCCUGCGCUCGGGCAUCACCUGUGUCCUCCAGGAGUCCAAUGGCCGGGACCUGUGCUGUGCUAUUAGCAGUCUGACGCAGCUGCUGCUGGAUCCCCACUUUCGGACAAUCGAUGGCUUCCAGUCGCUGGUGCAAAAGGAGUGGGUGGCCCUCGAGCAUCCCUUUCAGCGUCGCCUGGGUCAUGUUUAUACGGCACAGGGCUCUGGUAGCGGAGGCAGCGGUAGCAGCGGCGGUAACAACGGCAGCGAACUGCUGGAGGGCGAACAGAGCCCGGUGUUUCUGCUCUUCCUCGACUGCGUCUGGCAGCUGCUGCAGCAAUUUCCCGAUGAGUUUGAGUUCACCCAGACGUACCUCACCUCGCUGUGGGAUGCCUGCUUCAUGCCCAUCUUCGAUACCUUUCAGUUCGACACGCAGGCGCAACGCUCCAAGGCGGUGUUGGACUCCCAGCUGGUCCUCCGUCCGGUGUGGGACUGGGGUGAGCAGUUCUCCGACAAGGACAAGAUGUUCUUCAGUAAUCCGUUGUACCAGCGCCAGAAGGGAGACCUGGCUGGUGCCCAGUCAUCGGCAGCUGGAGCAGGAGCAGCUCAUCGCCGAUCUCUGGCCGUGGGCCACAAUAGAGGUGGAACUGCAGGUGGAGCUUCAGGAUCGACGCCGUCUAGGAACACCAUUAAUCCGCAGCUAUUUGCCACGGUGUCGUCAGUGCCGCAGGAUCGCUUCCUGCAGCCGGCCCAUCGCAUCUGCGAUCUAAGCGUCUGGGAUCAGUGCUACUACCGAUGGCUGCCCGUCCUGGAUAUACGCGGCGGUGGCCAGCCGCAGGUCGACCUCUUCCACCGCCUGCUGCUGAGCAAUAUAGCCAAGGUGCAGCGUUGCCUGGAGCUUCAGAGCUACGAGGAGCUGCCGGAUGCGUACUUUGAGGUCACCGGCGAGUCACGGUCCAGCCUGCAAAAGGAGGAGACCCCGGUGGAGGAUGAGGCGGAGUAUGUGGAUGGGGUGGAGAGGCGUCGCAAACCAACGACCAAGGCGGGCACGCCCACCAACGGCUUUAGUCCGGUAAGUGGGAAUCAUCUGCAGCUGUCCAGUCUGUCUUCCUUCUUCCCGUUCGGGAGUCCCAUUGCCGGCGAUGCGCCGCAUCAGCUAUACGAUAUCCUUAACAGCAGCAGCGAGCUGCUGCAGGACACCACCUCCAUACUGGACAAGUCCUCCAUUUUGUGAUCCGAUCGCUCCACUCCUUGCACUCCUGAACUUUCGAAGUAUUAAACAAAAAAGGCAAAAACAUAAAAAACAUAAAGCAAAACACUAAAAACCGGGGGGGAGGAGGAAAACACAACCUUUUCACGUACAUGGCAUAUCGCUUUUAACACUUUUGAUUAUUAUUGUUAACUAAUAAGCAAGUUAGCGCAUAAGUUUUUUUUUUAUUUCGUUCGUACUACCAAUACUACUUUGCACUACACACACACACACCCAUCAGCCUAAAAACGACAAGCAAUUAAAAAUUAAAAAAUAAAAAACAAAAAACUGAAACGGAAACAAAAUCAAAACGAAACAGUAAACACCAACUAAAUCAAUAUGUAUUAUAUUGUAUGUAACUAAAUUUAUGUGAAAUAUAUCGAUAUGUAUAUUUAAAAUAAAUAAAAUAAAAAUAAAAAAAAUGUGAAUCAA